ACUUCAUACAAUAUUGGGGGAAAGUAAAAUAGGGUAAAGCAAUCUAAGCGGAUAUUUCUUGUAAAAAGCUAUAACAUAUUGUAAAGCAAAUGUACCAUUCUUUAUAAAGUCACCAGCUUAGCUCUGAUAUGGCUGUAGCUCUAUUUAUGAUGUCCUCUGCACAGAUCUACUCUGACAUUGACAUAUUAUUACUUAUUGGAAUGUCUGUCCUUCAGGUAGCACAGAGGGAGGAUGGUGAUCCUCAGAGGGAAGGAAAGGAAGUUGUUGAGGAAGAACCGGUGGCCACGCCCAAAGAGGAGGCCAAGAAGGGAAGGAAGGCAAAAAGGAAGAGGAGUGGCAAGAAGUCAAGGAAGCUGGGCACUGACAACGAUGCAGUCUCCAGGAAUAAACACCUGGAUAGAGGAUCUGUAAUUGAGCUCCUGGAGAAGAAAGCUGUUAAGGCUGCAUUCGGCCCAGGCAACAAGGAUGAGAUGGAAUACUCCUACCCAAUCCUCAUCUCAUUCCUGCGCAAUCUUACUGAUGAGCAGUGGCAAGUGAUCUACAAAGGACUAAAAAACCCUAUGACGAAGGAACAGCUUGCCAAAUUGUGCAAGACAAUUGUAACCUUCAUCGCACAGACCACCCUGCAGAUCCUGCUGCCAGCCCUGGCCCGCGUACUUGGGGUAAAGGACUUUGCUGACGACGACACUGACUCACCCAAGAGGGGUGGUAGUGCAAGAUCCUUUGCUGCCUUUGAUCAGGAAAGACUGGAGCUCAUCCAGGAAGUUAGAUAUCUGGCGAAGAAAAUGUAUAAGGGCGGCACAGGGGCUCAACAUCUCAGGUCCCUAACACCCUCUUCUAAGAGUUCCCAGACCUCAGUGAAAGUCCACCUGGGAAUGACAGAGGACAGAAUCAUCAAAAGUGUCCAGGAGCAACUGUCUGAUCAUAAUAUCCUGUCCUCUUGCCCACCUGAGCUGACUGUUGGUCUUAUCAAGGUGGUGGUCGAACAGCUUAACUCUGCCCUCUCUGCGACCAUCAGCAGAGCCAUUUCAGGGCGGUCCUCCCCUAUUUCUUCUGGUACCCAGGCCGCUGAACAAAUGGUCAACAUGGUCCAGAAAUGUUUUGAUGAUCACACCACCCCAGAGGACCAGAGCUCUACCUCUGUAUUAGAGUCAUGCAUUCCACCUGCAACAGAAGAAGUGAUGACUGUUAUCGCAGAGAUGGUGGGUGAAUUGGAAAAAGAAGAUCCGGAAUUGGCUAAGGUUUUUCGAGAAGUGGCUGUGAAAGUUAAAAUGUUGGCAUCUGGCAGUGACCUUGUAGUGGAGCACCUGGAUGUUGAAGACUCUCCUGUUCCAGAGGAGCUGAACAUAAUAUGUACAUCUUGCAAAGCAAUGAUGCAAAAUCUUGGCACUCUGUUUAGUGUGAAGUUCAAGACCAAAGCCUCAAAGGCUGUGAGUGAAAUUCUUGUGAGAAGGUUAAUGAGCGAUAUCUCUGGUAUGGUUCAACCUUCUCAUUCAUUUAGUACCACUCCAAGCUUGAUGAAUGCAUCUAGCCCAUCUGACAGGAUCCUUGAUUCUGCGGCCACUGAGCUCAUACAGAUCAAAGUAGAAUCUGAGACAUCAAAAAUAAUUGAUAACUUUGUUGAAGAUGUCAAGGACAUUGUGCAGUAUAUUGAAUUAGAUCAGCCAACAAGCACCCAGAGAGAUACCCAAGUGGGACACUGUACGACAAAGCGGAAACCCUUCCGUGCAGCUCGUAGACUCUGCGAGAGACUUCAGGCAAAGCUGGAGACAUUGUUCCUCAGAAUGGGUGGAGCUCCAGUCCAAGGGGAAGAACUUAUGGAAAAAGCUGACUCCAGUGCUGUGCUUCUGGAGCAUACUGACUCCAGUGAUCUGCCUGUUUCAAUCCUGAGCUUGCCUUCCCCAUGUAGGAGUGAAUCCCCUAUAUCAGAACGUAGUUCAUCUUCUUUAUCUGAUGGAUGUGAUUCAACUGGCUCUGUAGGAGAGAAAACACCAGAGCAACCUGAAACCAGUAAGAGUGAGGCAAUACUGCAAGUGGUCAACUCAACAGGACUUGGUUCUCUCCGUAAAUGCCAAAGUGAGAACUCUCAACCAUUACUGUCUCUCUGUGAUUCCAACAUGGUGCCCUGCACCAAAGAGGUCUUGUCCCAGAUUGUGACCAUGUAUAGGUCAGAGGUGGCAGAUUUGGAAUGCACAUCAUCUGUUGCAGAGGGUUCCUCUUCCAACUCCCUUGAAGUCUGUGGCUUUUUGGACAGUGUCAUGUCUUAUCUAGAAGACAUGCCUGUGUCUGGUUCUUCAUGGUUGGAAGGAUUGAGAGAUACUCCAGCCUCAGUCAUUGAGAAACUCUCCAGUGAGGAGUUCCAGAUGAACGCUACCAACGAAGUGCGAAAAAUACUGAUCAAAUCAGUCAGUAGCUUUCCCAGCAAAGUCAGUUCCAGCCAGACAGAUUCUCAGAUGUUGCCAGCAAAAUCAACAAUUUCCUUAAGGCAUACAGAUAUAACUGCUUUUGAAAUCGUUGGAUCAAUUACAAAUGACAUGAAGAGCCUUUUCCCACCCACAGAGUCUUCUACUACUCUAUGGCAGGCAGACUCUAUGCUUCAACAGAGUGAUGAGAAAACCUCAGAGUACACUGAGGCCACACCCAAAGGCUCACAGUCUGGUUUGGAAGUAUCUGAGAAGAAGAUCUGGACAACUGCAAAGACUAUUUACCACAAUGUGAAGACAAAGAUGAGGAAUUAUUUUACAUGGCAAAAUCAAGUCAAAGCAACAACGGCUCAAGCCAAAAAGACCCUCAGCCAUAUUCUGGUUUCAAUUCAGAAAGAGCUGUCAAAAUCUGACCAAACGGUGACUGCGCUUUCACAAAUAGAGAAUGUGGUUGGAAUGAUGCUGAAGGAUGUUGAAAGGGUAAGCAGUGAAUGUGGUGAGGAACUGAUCUAUCAAGCGCCACAGCGUUCUUCCUCCUCGUUGUCAUCCUCAUCUGCCAGAUCAAAGAAGUCAGAGUGGGAAUUUUCACUCCCUGGCACUCCCAUCUCUUCUGAUUUACCAGAGUGUAUUACUCAGCCCAUUGUGAGAUGCUCAGUCAUCGACAUGGGCAAAUCUACUAAGCCAAAAACAUUGGUGUGUGAUGCCAGGGAAAGCAUGUCUGCAAUAGUGGAUACCAUCAUAAAGGAGGUACAUCCAGAGGAAGAAGGGGAGGUUGCAUUCCACCCUGAUCUAACAGCUGCAAUAGCAAGACUGGAGGAGCUCAUAUCUCAGGGUAGGAUUGGUGCUCUCUCACGUGAUCUUACUCACCAAGUCAACCGCAUCAUUUCUGAGAGCAACUUGACCCCUCUGGUUCUGACAGUGGCGGCUGGAAAGAGUGCAUCCGAUACAGUCCUUACUGAGCUGAAGAGGAAUGACAAGACGGUGGGGAAGCCCACAGCUUACAAGCUGGUUCAGCUUUUUGCAGAGGAGUCUGUGAAGCGCCUCUUGCUUCCUAGCCUUGUGCCCUCUACAGCUUCAAUGAGUUUGGCUCAGGGAGUUAGUGUGCCGGCUAGCGUAUCUGAAGAUAGGAUUUCAUGUUCUUUUUCCUCAUCAGCAUUUAGUGACACAGUCAGCCUGUUUACCAAAGUAAUGGUAAGCCAGGUCAUGGACUCUGUGGUUUCUGAUGCACAAAGCAGAGGGUCAUCUCCAACCGGAACUGUAACUGAUAUAGGCAGUCUACUGAGUGGUAAGUCCUACCCUCUGCCAUCUUUCUCCGCCAUCAGCAUGACAACAAGUGGGACCUCCAAUGCUGCACGAGGCUUUGAGGCCAACAUAGAUGCUGAGGAAAGGGAUACCAUCAGUUGUUUCGGUGUACCUCAGAGCAUUGUUUGUGAUCAGAAUUCAACCAGCCCGGAUGUUGCCUCGCUUUCAACCCCAUCCACUGACAACUUAGUCGGUGAUGAUGACUUCACCGGCCUCAUCAGCAUGUUAGUGGUGAGACUUCUGUCAAAAAUCCAAACCCAAACUGAUCUGUACCCAACUGACGUCACACGCACGUCACAAGACCUGAUUCCAAAAGUUAUAGCUGCCUUCUGUGCAUGGUCAGGCUGCUCUGAGACCCAAGCUUAUCCCAAGAACCUGAAGAGUCACAAAGUAUACAGCACCGUCUACAAACAUCUGUUGAAGGAGUUUGGCUCAGAGAAAAUACUCCAACUGGCCGUGUCGACUCAGGACUCCACAUUCAAUAGGAUUCUUGUGAAGUCAUUGAGCAAGGAGCUUCUCCACAGUUGUAACGAGGCAUCAAGAGCAGCCUCAAGAACAUCUUUCGAAGCCACCAGGCCAGAAGCUCUUCUCAUGGCUGAAGAUGUGAAGGCUACCAGAGGGAAGCUGUCUUUCCUACAAAGGCUUGCCAGACUGAAAUUCGACUUAAAGCCAUUCAUGAUGGGAAACAAGAAGGAUUCCAAGAAGAAUUCCCGCCAUUCUGAAUCCAAAGACCAGACUACUGCUGAAGAUAUCAUAUUGGCACAUCCUGGACUCCCAGAGGGUCUUCCCUCCACCUCUCAACAGGAGAAGCCUCGCAAACGUCCCCUUCUAAUCAGGAUGUUUUCCACCAUCUCCAUAGGCCUAUCCAAGCCAUUCAAACGGUUUUCAAAGCAAGCUUAAUACAACAAUUUCCUUUAAUACAGUAAUAUUUGCAUUGAA